GUCACGGAAGAGUCAAGACAAGCGUGUCUGAAACGUGACGCAAGGAAAGGAACGCAAUGAAAAUAUAUGGAAUUACAGAAAUCGCUGCACACCGGGAUGAAGCAUGACGCUUACGUCAGCUUCAUGUUUCAGACACACUUGAAGAGACACGGCUGGGUCCUAUUCCUUGCGUCGUGCUUCAGACGUAGUAGCGAUUUGGAAGGCACAGGAGGUAAAGAUGAGCGAAGAAGAAGUAAUUAAACUUGUGCAGGCGGUGGAAAAAUUUCCAGUUAUAUAUAAUUAUUCAAUGGCAGGUCACUCUAAUAAGGAUGAAUUGGACAAAGCUUGGCGAGAAAUUUCUACAGAAAUUGGUUUCAAUGUGGACGUUUGUAAAGAAAAAUGGAGGAACUGCCGAAACUGCUGGGCCAGACACCUGAGACAAACAGAAGCUAGUGGUUCCGGUGCAAAACCUAAAAAGCCAUAUUAUUUGUCGGAGUAUCUGUCGUUCCUGACACCUUUCACGAAGUCAAGAAGGCAGUCGGGUAAUUUGGCAAGCGCAUUCGACAAUGGCGAGCCAUUCUCCCAGUCUGAAGAUGAAUGUGAUGCGAAUGACAGAAGUAGUGAUGCUAGUGUUAUGUCGCCACCAGAGCAGAGUACCGCUCAGAAGAAGAGCAAAAGAACAGAUAAACAAAAUCCUAUAGACAGUGCAUUUGUUUCAUAUUUAGAGGCAAGGAAAAGGCGAUGUGAAGCAGAGCCAGAACAUCCGGAUUUGCUUUUUCUGAAAAGUCUUUUACCCGAUAUUUCAAAAUUGUCACCAUCUCAGAAAAGCCACUUUAAAAUAAGUGUUCAGCAAAAGUUACACAACAUGCUCUAUGAGUCGCCAGCAAGUGAGCAGAAUCACACUGUAAAUUAUCAACCAGGCCAAUCAGCAUCUUCUUUUCAGUUCAUUGAUUAUGGUCAGUCUCGCUCUGCUUCUAAUGGCUCUCCAAUAAUGCCUCCUUCAUCCAAUGGAAUCUUUGACAGGUCCUUUAACUUUCAAUAAUAAAUCAAAAUUUAUUUUU